UCUCUUUCCCUCUCUCUCUCUCUCUCUCUCUCUCUUGGCCGCACUUGUAUAACUCCAACAUGGCCCCCCUUCCAGAUGCAGGAGUCCACCCUGACGCAACGGGGGCAGCCAAAGUGUUAGUCGACAAUCACCGUGCGGAGCAACCAUUGAAGCUGUAUGCGGGGUGGUUUUGUCCCUUUGUCCAACGAGUUUGGCUCGCGCUAGAAGAGAAACAAAUCCCUUACCAAUACAUCGAAGUCAACCCCUAUCACAAGCCCCAGUCGCUUCUCUCACUGAACCCGCGCGGUCUGGUGCCAACAUUAUCUUGCCUGGUCAAAGACGGGGUUGCCCAGACAGCCAAGCCCCUGUACGAAUCCACAGUUAUUCUUGAGUACCUCGAGGAGGCCUAUCCAGAUAGCUCUCCACGCCUCCUCCCAGCGGACCCCUACGACAGGGCCCGAGUACGCAUCUGGAUCGACUAUGUUACCUCGCGGAUUAUCCCAGCUUUCCAUCGAUUUCUUCAAUACCAGCCCAAGUCAGGAGGUGAGGACCCAGCAGCUGGCUUGGAGGGACUAAGACAGGAGUUCCUGGGCCACCUCAAGGAGUGGACUAGAGAAAUGCAUGCCGACGGACCAUUCUUCUUGGGAGAUCAGAUUGCGCUGCCAGAUCUGGUACUCGCCCCAUGGGCGGUCCGGUUGUGGGUCUUUGAUGAAUACAAAUCGGGCGGGCUUGGCAUCCCGGCGGAAGGCAAUGGGGGGGGGGAUGAGCUUGUUUGGCAGCGGUGGAGGAAGUGGCUAAAAGCGGUAGAGGAUAGGAGAAGUGUGAGAGAAACUACGAGUGAGAAGGAGUACUACCUCCCGGUCUAUAAGCGGUAUGCGGACAAUGUGGCUCAGAGUGAGUUGGCGAAAGCUACCCGUGAAGGGAGGGGGGUGCCGUAAAUUCUAUCUGACUUGGAGUCAAAGAAACAUGGAGGAAACCUAGAUUUACUGUUUCUAGUACUACUUGUACUACUCCGUACAGCAUAUAUAUAUGUUCAGCCGCACUAGUAAGAUAAUUGUUAUUCACUUAACCUGCGACCCACAGCAGCA